CUAAUAUAUAACAAUAAUAAAUAGUAUCGCUAAAGAUGAUACACCUAACAACAACAGCGUGGAAUCUAUCGCUUCUAGAGAAAGCCUACUUUCCUCUGCCGCCGAAUCGUCGUCAUUUAAUAUUCCUACUUCUAAUUUACCUACCGUAUCAUUAUCUGAAAGUAAGGAAUGUUUAUAUCAUUUUUUGUUUGUUUUUUAAAAACCCAUUCCUUUUUUGAAUAUUUAGGCAACAUCCUAGACGUCAAAGAAAGUCUGCGUCGAAAAGAAACACGUCCAGCUGAAUUCCCACCCAAAUAUCUAUCUUCUAUUCCUCUCCCACCACCACAACAUAAUCAACAACAACCAUUGCAGCAGCAGCAACAACAAAAUCAACAGCAGCAACAACAACAAUACAGAGACACCAAUGAUAUUUUUGACGUUGAUGUUCUAGCCGCUUUAGCUGAUGGUGAUGAUGGCAGAUACAUGCGUUAUGCCACUUCGGCCGAUUCCAUGCUCGCCCUUAUCGAAAGUCGAAAAUACCAAGGCACAAAAGCAUUGACAGCCGGUGUCAAUGACAGUCAAGCCUCUAUCCAAACCAACACCAGUCGAAACAAUAAUAUCAAUAGCUUGCAAGGUUACGGUGCUCCUGAUUCACUUUAUCCAGCAUGGGGUCCGCCAGACACUGUACCCAUCACCUUGACUCAACUCGAAUCCGUCUUUGAUGAUAUCGCCAAAAAGUUCGGCUUUCAACACGAUAGCGUCAAAAACAUGAGCGAACACUUGAUGGUCAUGUUGGACUCUCGCGCAUCCCGCAUCACUCCUCAAUUAGCCCUCGAUACUUUACAUGCCGAUUACAUUGGUGGUGACAAUGCUAAUUAUCGUAAAUGGUAUUUUGCUUCCGAAAUGGACACAUACGACCAGACUGACCAAGAAAAGAUCAAUGCUUCAGACAUUGGCGAUGCAAGAGAACAAUUGUUACGCAUGGAAGAGAAAUGGACUUUACGGAUGCGGAACUUGACAAACCCCGAAAAACUACGUGAUUUGGCUCUUUAUUUAUUAUUAUGGGGAGAGGCUGCUCCUGUAAGAUUCACACCAGAGACCCUCUGCUUUAUUUACAAGGUCGCUCAUGAUUAUUACUGUCAUGUGGAAAAUCAGGCUAUCACAGAGGUCCCAGAAGGCACUUAUCUCGAUAACGUCGUUACCCCCUUAUACUGCUUCUUUCGUGAUCAGACUUAUAUUAUGGCGAACGGUAAAUAUGCUAAAAGAGAAACAGAUCACGAUCAAGUUAUCGGUUACGACGAUGUCAACCAGUUCUUUUGGCAUUCCACCUGUUAUGACCGUAUCUUGAUUGGCGAAGCAGGUAGUAAGCCUAAUAAGGACAAUACGCUUGGAAAAUUACCACCUCACGAUCGUUACAAUGCUUUAAAAGGUGUGGAUUGGAAAAACUCAUUCACAAAGACUUACAAAGAGAAGCGUACAUGGAUGCAUGCAUCGAUUAAUUUCUCAAGAGUUUGGGUCAUCCAUAUCGUUACUUUUUGGUACUAUAUUAUGGCAAAUGCUUACUCGCUUUACCUGAACGUGGAUAAAGAAACUGCAAAGGAGGAAGUCUCGGUUCAAAUCUCUAUUGUUGCUUUGGGUGGUGUCGUUGCUUGCUUUCUCGUCUUGGUUGGUUCCUUUGCUGAACUCGCUUAUUUACCUGUCAGUUGGCAUAACUCAAAGUAUGUUUUACGUCGUAUCGGUAUCUUGACCGUGCUCAUGGUCAUCAAUGCGGGUCCCUCCUUCUACUGUGUUGUACUGGAUAGAACCAGCUGGAUAUCAAAACUGGUUUCGAUUAUCCAACUUUUAUACAGCGUCGCCAUCACCUUACUCCUCUCUAUCGUCCCUUCCUCACGUCUUUUCAUGAGAAAAUCACAACAUACUCGACAAGAGCUCGCGAAUGAAAGUUUCACCGCGAAUUUUCCACCCUUGAAAAGUAUUGAUCGUAUCAUGUCCAUCUGUCUUUGGAUUUGUGUUUUCACUUGUAAAUUGAUUGAAUCUUACUUCUUUUUGGCUUUAUCGUUUAAAGAUCCUUUAACAGUGAUUAGUACUAUGACUAUCACCAACUGUAAUGAUAAAUUGAUUGGCUCCAUGCUCUGUGAGCAAAUGCCUCGUAUUACAAUUGCCAUCAUGUUCUUGAUGGAUCUCGUCUUGUAUUUCUUGGAUACCUAUCUUUGGUAUAUUAUCUGGAAUACCGUUUUUUCUGUCUCAAGAUCAUUUUAUCUUGGUAUCUCCAUUUGGUCUCCUUGGAGAAAUAUCUUUGCCAGUUUGCCCAAAAGAAUCUUUGUCAAAUUAUUAGCUACCCCCGAUAUUCCCGUCAAGUACAAGCCCAAAGUCUUGUGCUCCCAAAUUUGGAAUGCCAUUGUCAUUACGAUGUAUCGUGAGCAUUUAAUUACUGUAGAUCAUGCUCAGCGUAUGUUGUACCAACAGGAAAUAAAUCCAAUGGACGGUCAGCGUACAUUAAAGGCGCCUACUUUCUUUGUCACUCAAGAAGAUACUUCGUUCAAGACCGAGUACUUUCCUCAACAUGGUGAAGCAGAACGUCGUAUUCAUUUCUUUGCACAAAGCUUAACUACACCUAUGCCUCCUUCCCAUCCUGUUGAAUGCAUGCCAACCUUUACCGUUUUAACUCCUCAUUACGGAGAGAAAAUUUUACUAUCGCUACGAGAAAUUAUCCGUGAGGAAGAUAACAGUACACGUGUCACUUUACUAGAAUACCUCAAACAAUUACACGCAGUGGAAUGGGAUAAUUUCGUCAAGGAUACCAAAAUGCUGGCAGAAGAUGGAGGUAGUAGUAUCAUGAAGCGCAGUGAUUCCGAUCUAUCCGAUGCUAGCAGUACCGAAAAGGACAUUAAGAGUCAAGUGGAUGAUUUACCAUUCUAUUGUAUUGGUUUCAAAUCCUCCAAACCCGAAUACACUUUACGUACUCGUAUCUGGGCUUCUUUGCGUGCUCAAACGCUGUAUCGUACCGUCUCUGGUUUCAUGAAUUAUAAAAAAGCAAUUAAACUCCUGUAUCGUGUAGAAAAUCCCGAGAACGUGCGUCUCUAUGAUGAAAAGGAGAAUUUAGAUCACGAUCUGGAUCGGUUAGCCAGACGUAAAUUCAAAUUCUUGGUCGCCAUGCAACGGUAUGCUAAAUUCAAUGCCAGUGAAGCAGAAGAUGCCGAGUUCUUGUUCAGAGCCUUCCCAGAACUCCAGGUCGCUUAUAUCGAUGAGGUCCCACCCACAGAAGAAGGUGGCGAAAUCACUUAUUAUUCCGCCCUUAUUGAUGGUUUCUCUCCUAUCGAUGAAGCGGGUAAACGUGUACCUCGUUUCCGUAUUCGUUUACCCGGUAACCCUAUUUUGGGUGAUGGUAAAUCAGAUAACCAAAAUCACGCCGUUAUCUUUUACCGUGGUGAAUUUUUACAAUUGAUCGAUGCCAAUCAGGAUAAUUAUCUGGAAGAAUGUCUCAAGAUCCGUAACGUACUUGGUGAAUUCGAAACCUUAGAACCCACACAUAUCUCACCUUAUUCUGCUGCUUAUCAAAAAUCCAAAAACUCUCCUGUUGCUAUUGUCGGUGCGCGUGAAUACAUCUUUUCGGAAAAUGUGGGUGUUCUUGGUGACGUGGCUGCUGGUAAAGAACAAACUUUUGGUACCCUAACACAGCGUAUCAUGGCUAAAAUUGGAGGAAAAUUACAUUAUGGUCAUCCUGAUUUUUUAAAUGCGAUCUUUAUGACUACCCGUGGUGGUGUCUCGAAAGCACAGAAGGGUUUACAUUUAAACGAGGAUAUUUAUGCAGGCAUGAACGCCUUCACCCGUGGUGGAAGAAUCAAGCACACUGAAUAUUUCCAAUGUGGCAAAGGUCGUGAUUUAGGUUUUGGAUCCAUCUUGAAUUUCACCACCAAGAUUGGUACGGGUAUGGGUGAACAAAUGUUAUCUCGUGAAUACUAUUAUAUCGGUACGCAACUUCCUCUCGAUCGCUUCUUGACUUUUUACUAUGCACAUCCUGGUUUCCACAUCAAUAACAUCUUUAUCAUGAUGUCUGUUCAAAUGUUUAUGUUAGCUAUCCUCUUUAUCAGUUCCAUGGGCGCUACUUUACUCAUAUGUGAAUACAAUGCAGACGCACCUCCAGAAGCUCCCUUGAUUCCUGCAGGUUGUUAUAACUUGGUGCCUAUCUUUGAUUGGGUUAAACGUUGUAUCUUGUCUAUUUUUGUCGUCUUCUUUGCAGCUUUCCUGCCCUUGUUUUUGCAAGAAUUAACAGAAAGAGGCUUUUGGCGUAGUUUGACACGUAUGGGUCGUCAUUUUGUCUCCUUGUCCCCUCUUUUUGAAAUCUUUGUGACUCAAAUCUAUACCAAUUCAGUAUUGGAAAACUUGGUCUAUGGUGGAGCCAUGUAUAUUGGUACAGGUCGUGGAUUUGCUACCUCUCGCAUCCCUUUCAGUACAUUGUAUUCCCGGUUUACGGGCCCUAGUAUCUAUGUGGGUGCACGUAAUUUUGUCAUUAUGCUGUUUGCUUCUAUUGCCUAUUGGAUACCCCAUUUACUUUACUUUUGGUUUACAGUCGUAGCACUGAUGGUCUCUCCUUUUGUUUUCAAUCCAAACCAGUUUUCCCCUAUUGAUUUCUUGGUCGAUUACAAGGAAUUCAUACGUUGGUUAUCGCGUGGUAAUUCGAACACCCAUAAGAAUUCUUGGAUCGGUCAUACACGAUCUGCGCGUGCACGUAUCACGGGUUAUAAAAGGUCUGCACCUGCAGGUAACUCCAACGGGAUUGCGGAUUUACCUCGUCUAGGUUUAGGUGCUAUCUUUAUCUCGGAACUCAUUUUACCAUUGAUUUAUGCCAUCUUAUGUACUAUCCCUUAUAGUUUUGUAAAGAGUUUUGAUUCCGAGGACUCUACUUUACCCGCUACAGGCCCUAGUCCCUUGAUACGUAUUGCUGUCAUGGCUUUGGCUCCCAUUAUCGUCAAUAUUGUAGGCCUCAUGAUCUUUUUUGGUAUGUCCGUGGGGAUUGGUUGUAUCUUGAGUAAUUGGGUCGUCAAGUUUGGUUCAAUCAUGGCCGCAUGUGCUCAUGCUUGGUCUGUCAUCAAUGUCAUCAUCUUUUUCGAAGUCUUCUUUGUCUUGGAGGAAUGGAAACUUUUGAAUGUUGUCUUGGGUAUGGUGUCAAUGAUUGGUAUUCAACGAUUUGUUCUCAAAUUAUUGACAGUGAUGUGUCUUACGCGAGAGUUUAAACAAGAUGAAUCCAAUCGUGGUUGGUGGACUGGAAAAUGGUAUGGUCGUGGGGUAACCAUUACACAGCCAGCAAGAGAGUUUAUAUGUAAAAUUAUCGAAAUGACCGAAUUCUCUACAGAUUUCUUACUAGGUCAUGUAAUUUUGUUCUUCUUGUCAUUAUUUAUCGUGAUCCCCUACAUCAACACAGCUCAUUCCUUGAUGCUUUUUUGGUUACGUCCUUCCAAGCAAAUUCGUGGUCAUAUCUGGACCGCCAAACAGCGGAAACAACGAAAGCGGGUUGCCAUCUGUUACGGUUUGAUGUUCUAUAGUCUCUUUUUAUUAUUUGUGGGUCUUGUCGUGGCACCCAUGCUCUUGGGCAAAUCAUUACUUUCUGGUUUAAUCAAAGUGAAAUCACUCCCUAUUUAA